AUGGAAAUCGAGGGUAAUCCGCUUGGAAAUUCAAUUGAUGCAUGGAGACAUUGCAUCCGUGGGGAGAAUCAGUUUUUUAAAGAUCCUGAUGAUUUUAGGCAUAUGCUGAAAAACUAUUCUAUUGCUAAUAAUCGAUCAUUUAAGUACAUGAAAAAUGAUCAACAAAAGAUCAUAGCAGUAUGCAUUCACGAAAACUGCAAAUGGAGGGUUUAUGCAUCAUUGUACAAGUCAGAUAAGUUAUUUAGCAUUCGCAAGUGCAAUCUUGAGCACACUUGUGGUGAUGCUACUCUUCGUACAAGGGGUCAUCCUAAAGCCGAUGCUACAUGGAUUGCCCAAAUUAUGAAACGAAAAUUGAGAACGCAGCCAGCUUACACACCAUGUGGUAUGUUAGAAGAUAUCCGAGACGAUUAUGGUCUGGAGCUUCAGUACUACACAGCAUGGAGGGGUAAAGAAAAAGCAAUGCGUGAUAUCCAUGGUGAUGAGACGACAUGUUAUGAUAAACUGAGACGCUAUUGUCGUGCAUUAAAAAUGCAUAACCCUGGUAGCAUGGCAGAGUAUGAGAUUGAACCUGCUACUCAAAAGUUUAUUCGAAUAUUUAUUAGUUUUGGGAGUUCUAUCUCCGGCUUUCAUCGGUGUAGGCCGAUGAUAUGUUUGGAUGGGACUCACAUUAAAAAUAAGUACAAAGGAUGCUUGCUUUCUGCUGUGUGCAAGGAUCCAAAUGAUUCCUUGUAUACAUUGGCAUACGCAGUUGUUGAUGCUGAGAAUGAUAAAAACUGGGAGUGGUUUUGCAUUAAAUUGAAACAAAUUCUAGAUCUUCACAAUGACAAUAGAUCUUUUACCAUUUUCUCUGAUCGUCAUUCGGGGCUUCUUAAAGCCGUCCCGAUGGUAUUUCCUACUAGCCACCAUGCAUAUUGUUUGCGACACUUGGUGGAUAACUUUAGAACUCAGGUCCUGAGGAAGUACCCAUUGCACAACAAGUCAUAUUGGGCGAGUGUUUUACAUAAUGCUGCAUAUGCUCCUACUCGGCAGGAGUUCGAUGCAACUAUUUCUCGUAUAGUGCAAUCUAUGCCUCUCGCGGCAUCAUUUAUUUCGAAUUCUGAUCCAAAUCAUUGGGCUAAUGCCUAUUUUUCUGGAGAAAGAUGGGGAAUCGUGAACAAUAAUCAGGCAGAAAAUUGGAAUGGUUGGGUUAAAGAUGCCCGAUCUUUGCCUGUUCCAUCCAUGAUUGAUCACAUACGGAUCAAAAUAAUGGAGAUGCUAGUUAAACGACAAGGAAAAAGUUUGGCAAUGACUGGCAUAUUGUGCAAGAAAAUUCUAAAGAGAUUAACAAUCAAUCAUAUGGCCUCUCGUUCCUUAAAAUAUUGUAGAUCAAGUAGUACCGCUUUUGAGGUAUAUGAUGAGGACAAGUCGUAUAAGGUUGACUUGCAGCAGAAGACUUGUUCUUGUAAAGCAUGGCAAUUAGAGAAACUUCCAUGCAAACAUGCAUGUGCAUGUUUGGAGUCAAAAGGAUACUCAGUAUAUGAGUUUGUGGAUCCAUGCUUUCAUAUUGAUACGUACAAACAGGUAUAUCAAUUCACGAUUAACCCAAUUCCCUCGUUUGAUGAGGACUUUGACUUGUACGAUGCGUGUAAUGCUCCGCCCGAUGUCUUUGUUAAUGCACCUGAUUCGAGAACUCGACCGGGACGUAGAAAGACAAAAAGAAUUCCUUCACAAGUGCAAACUCGUAAACUGAAUUGUACUCGGAGGACAAGAUGGAGGAGAGCUUACAUGAUUGCCCAUUAUGUUAUUCAAGUGAUUGAAGUGAAUGAAAACUGGCUGUUUGUACUCUGUUCAUUGAUGGUUUAUCAUUUUCAGUCUAAUGAUAUGCGAUAUGAUGGUAUGCUUGUUGCUGCUUGA